UAUUUAACGAGCUUGGUCGUUAAUUCACGACUAUGAUUGUCAUAAUCGAAAGAUUUUAUUUAAAUUAGAGCUCUAUUCGAAUCUGGAUUAUAGUGCCAAUUAACAUUUAAAUAUAUUAGAUCUAGAGGGAUCAUAUUUAGAUUUUAUUGUCCAAUUUAACUAACAUUUAAAUUAGACAAUAAAAUCUAAAUAUGACUCUCUCUCUUUGACUUUGACAUUUGUCAACAGUGCAGUGACAUCGCCAGACAUCGCUCUGAACUAUAUGUAAUCCUUAAAAUUAAUUUGUAAUUUACAUACAGAAUAUUGUUUAUAAAUUUAAACUUCAUUGCUUAAUACAGAUUUUUUUUACUAUACGUAGUAGGAAUUAUUAUUGUUUAUAUAAAAAUUCGUCGCCCCAUUAAAAGCUGCCGAAAGACAAAAGAAGAAGUUUUGAAAGAAUUAAUUGAUUGAUUUAUAUUUGUAAUAGGGGCGUGAAUAAGAUAAGCAUUUAUAAUUUUAAGCUAACAUGAGUACUAUGGAUGAUAUUGAAGAAGAAGCUAAGGCUGCUGCGGAAAAAAUGGUAAUGAAUAUGAUGCAGAGGCCUGGACAACUCGAAAAAGUGGAGCAUUACAAGAAACGUAUAACCCACAAAAAGGCUUCCAUUGAAGGUCAAUUGAAAUCUGCAGUCCAGGGUAAAUUAGAUGGAGUAAGUGUAGGGCUAAAACAACUCCAGGAGUGCCUUGAUGAUGUCCAUCAAAUCAGUUUGAAAAUGGAUGCAUUAGAAGAACUUCUCAAAGGAGUUCCGCCUUUAGUCGCGUCAUUGCAGGCUGUUAGGGAGGAGGACUCUCGACACUCUCAGUAUGUCACUGCCAUGGACAGUCUCAAACAUAUUUUCACUGUUCCUGAAAGUGUAGCUAAAACUCAACAAUGGAUUGGUGAAGGAAAAUUAUUACAUGCUCAUCAGUGUCUUAAUGAUUUAGAAAAUUCAAGAGAUGACUUACUGUAUGAGCUACACAGACUACCCAACCAAUCAUCACAUGAUAAAGUAAUGUUAAAAGCAUAUUUUGAAGAUGUUGAAAUGGUUUCAAAUUUGCUUGAAAAACAAAUCAAACUGAUUCUGGCCAGGACUCUGAAUACAGUUCGUAAAGAACCUACUGUGAUUGUCACUGCUCUAAGAAUCAUAGAAAGAGAAGAAAAAAGAGACAGAAUGGCUUUGCAGCAACAGAGUCAGUCUGGCUUUAUGCCCCCCGGACGACCAAAAAAUUGGCGAAACAAGGCAUUUGAAGUACUAGAAUGCGCUGUCGCUCAGCGAAUUGAGGGUACCAGAGUGGACGAACGCGAAGACAACAAACUAUGGCUCGUCCGCUACCUGGAGCUGACUAGGCAACUCAUUUUAGAAGACUUAAGAGUAGUGAAAACAUUAUGUGUACCCUGUUUCCCACCACAUUAUGACAUAGUACACAAAUAUGUUAAUAUGUAUCACACAUGUUUAUCAGCCAGUUUAAAAGAUGUGGUUCAAACUGGAAUAGAGGGCAAUGAGUAUGUAACUCUGCUGUCAUGGAUACUAAACACUUAUCCUGGUCACGAGCUAAUGGGCAGCUCGGAGCUGAACAUCGACGUCUCAACAUUGCCACCUUUACUUAGCAAUGAAAUAAUGCAAAGAUUGCAAGAUGAAUAUUUACAAAAAAUGGAAUCAAACUAUAUGGAAUGGAUGGAGAAAACUUUGGAAUCGGAGCGAGCUGAGUGGAGCGGCAACCGCGCGCCCGACGUGGAGCCGCACUCCAACGCAUACCACACGCACGCCCCAGUUAUUAUAUUCCAAAUGAUCGAUCAGAACCUACAGGUAACUGAAACUAUAAGCAAAGAAGUGACGUUUAAAGCGCUGCUGUUGAGUAUAGAACAAGUGACGCGAUACGGAAAUAUGUACAGAGAAGGUGUUAUUCAAUUCAAAAACGGUCAUUUCGCGGACCGGUCGCGCGUGGCGUACUUCACGCACCACGUGAUCACCAUCGUGAACAACAGCGAGCAGAUGGCGCGGCUGGCGCAGGCCACGCAGGCGCGCCACUGGCCGCCCGCGCGCCACGACCCGCCCGCCGAGGCCAAGUUCGACGCGAUGCUCAGCGUGUUCCAGAACCUAAGAGAUGAAGCUGCCCAAUUUCUUCUAGAAGAAGCCUUCUUAGAUCUAGAAGUUCAUUUCGAAGAUUUAUUUACUUCAAAAUGGCUGCCGUCAAGUAUACCAGUCGAUACAAUUUGCAUUACACUUGACGAUUAUUUCCAAGAUUAUAACCAUUUGAGGGAUAAAAAUUUUGAAUAUGUUAUUAACCAGGCGCAAAACCUAGUAUAUAAAAAAUAUAUCACGGCAAUGCUAUCAAAGAAAGUUACCUUCAAAACCGUCGAAGAAGCCCAACAGGCAGCCAACAAAAUAGUCAAGGAGGCAAAUCAGAUAAGAUCGUUCUUUAGAAAAAUAGCACCAGAGGGCGUUAACGUCGACUGGCCCUUCGAGGUUAUUAGCAUGUUGGCUGAGGUGCUGCGGUGCCAAGACAUCGAGAUGUUGUCUCUGGACCUGCACAGCGUGGUGGCGAAGUGCCCGGACAUCUCGGAGGAGCAGCUGGCGCGGCUGCUGGCGCUGCGCGGGGACGUGCCGCGCGCGCGCGUGCGCGACGCGCUGUCCGUGGCGCUCGCGUCCGCGCGCCCCGAGCGCCCCGCGCGCCCCGCACCGCUGCACCCCGCGCACCCCGACCUCUUCAAGCACAUCACCUUCAGCGACAGGUUGCUCUCGCACUUCGCGCUCUAGCCUCGACAGUCAACACUCCCAUUUAGGUGUAGCCCUGUAUUGUUAACAAUAUAUGUAAAUAUAUUUAUAUGUAUAUCAAUACAAUUUAUCUAAAAAUAAGUCAGGACCAUCGUAAAAUAGAGCUUUUUAUAAAUUGGCCCGUAUUAAAAGAGCGAACUUUCUAUUACUAUUUUAAUGCGAUAAUACGGGACGCGUGCUACCGUCAAACAUCAAGUAACAUGUGGAUAUGCCUGACCUAGUUCGAUACUGGCAUACCUAGUAAAGAGAAUAAGAUAGUUUGUAGAAUAUAGGACAUAAAUAUAUAAUAUGUGAAAACAUGUAAAUUAUUUUUAUUAAAUCAUGUUAUUUCAAAA